GAAGUAUUAACAAACAAGCUAAAAACAAAAUGAUUGCCAUCUAAUGUUUCCACUUAAAACCCUUAAGUCAGAAAACUGGACGAACUCAACUGCCAAAGGUGCAUUUGGAGUUGUUGACUAUGGUGUCUUAUAUUCACACUCCCAGAAGUUUUUGCAACUUGUCGGGUUACAACCACAAACGUUAAAGCAUGUUAUUAGGAUCAUAUGUACCAACACAAAAAGAUGUAUGAUUGUGAUGUGGAAGUACAAUGAUGCAAGGUUUUAAGUUUUUUUUCAUCAAGUGAAAAAGAAAGGAUACUAUUACUUUUUGCUGCGGUUAUAGCUGCAGGUAUUUUGUGUGUCUACCAUGUAGAGACUUAGAGUUCUGCUAAUUCUAUGCUAUAGCUGUGCAUCCGUGAAUAUCAGUUUUUUCCAUGACAUUUUUCCAAAACUACUUUUUUUGCUACAUGCAAAGAAAGACUUUAUGGUUUUUCCAUAAACCAUAAAGUCUGACCACAGUGUGUGUUUGUUUAGUCUGUGUUCAGCCACACACUAACCAUUUUGCAAGUGGGGUCUUUAGGAUGUUUUCCUUUGCCCUACAUAAUUUGUGCAAACAGAAAAUGGGACUUCUUCUAGAAUAGAAUAGAAUAGAAGUCUUCACAUCCAGGCCUCAGUAGGUGAUGUCCUGCAACUUUCAGAUGUGUCACUACUUCAACACACCUGAGUCAAAUUAUGAGAUCAUUAGCAAGAGUCUGGAGAACUUGGCUGCAUACUGAGGAGGUGAUUCAGUCAUUAGAUUUAGGAUCUCAUGGUCACAGGACUUACUGAACCUCAAGGCCUGGAUUUGAAGACCUCUGGAAUGGAAUAGUCUUUUCUAUCCAAUAGAGAGAAAUUUCAGGUGUUGCAGCAACAAGUUAAGGUAAGAAUGAGCAUGCAUAUUCCCUAAGAAGUAACAAGUCAUGAUAUUUUUAAACAAUUACUUUCUUUUUGGCACUCUUCCAUGAAGACCAGAUUAAUGGAGCCCAAGAUUCCACUAAUUUGUAGUAACCGUGAUUUAUUUUAUGGGUUUCAGGUUAAAGGGGAAUGAAUGCACAUGCAUAAUAUUCUUUUCAGAUUUUCAGUUGUAUAAUAAAUAAAAAAUUGGUUAUGGUUUUUCUCCUGCUUCACAGUUUUCUGUAACUUGUGUUGAUGUUUCAAACAAGAUCACUCUUUCUAAUGUGGGGAACGGGUGAGUAUUUUUUUAAGGGAUAUGAAUACUUUUGUUAGGCAGCUGAACUAUAGUGGAGGCUGCAGACUUGAUGACGGUAUUUUAGCUUCCACUAGAUGUCAGUGCAGGGUAACAACUCAGUGAGAAAUGAAAUUAAACGUUUUCUCCAUGUGAAAGCUUUAUUUGUGUCUAACUCUAAUGUCGCUUUGUGAUUUUCCUCGUGAUUGCUUGUUUGAUUAGGCCAACCAGAAUGCAUUUUCUGCAUGCUUUUUGUUGCAAAUACUUUUCAUUGCAAUAAAUAUUUAAAGCUCAGUGUAACCGUUAGAUUAAUAGUUUGUCAAAUUAAUUAACUCUUAUUACGUUUUGUGCCAUGGGUAUACAACUACAAAACACUUAAUUUGACUUCCUCUACUUUUAAAGUACUUACAGUAGGAUCAAAAGCAUUAAAUGCAGCUGGAGCGCUCACCUAUAAACACCCUGACUUCAAUAAGUUGAGGUGAUUAAAAGACUCUGUCAUUACUCUUUCACUCGUUAAGACUGGGCUCUCAGAUUUCAAGUGUCUCCAUUUACAAUCCGAAGCCGCCACAUUCAUCAUGGGACCCGGCUGAAGUUUUACUGCGACCGCUAGAGGAGGAUGCGAAAACAAGAACAGAGUGUGGGAUGGACCCAAAGGGCAACUAUAGCCCCAGUUAGUGCACAUUCUCCUGAAAUAAAUAUAUAUAUUAUAUACGAGCCGGGGCAUGACUGGAGUGUUCCUCUGUUUUUAUUUUUGACACAGUUCACCACAUUUCAUCCACUUGGAAACGUAUAAUCCCUCGACAUCCUGGGCGUACCUACCUUUUUUUUUUCAUGUCAGAGGAGUAAGGUGAGGGACGGGGUCACCGCUUCAUAAAUACUCGGAGAAUCUGGAUAGACCUUGGAGGAGUAAACGGGCCUACUGCCAGACAAAGUUCUCACACAGGACAGGAGUACCGAUUUUUCCUGCAGACUUUGUACCAAAACAGACUCCUGUCUUACUACCGUGAAACUUGUGGCUCCUCUAUUUUUAUGGAAAGUUUAUGAAUCCGUAUUUGUAGACUUUUAAAGAAAUUUUUUUCUUGUUUUUUUUUUUUUUUUUUUUGUUCCCUCAUAGAUUGCAAUGUAGUUCAUCCUCAUCUCUAAGAGAGCAAUUUGCCAGGAUGACAGCGCUUUGUACUCCUCUGGGCCGCGCACUUUUCGCACUUGCUUGGAGCAGUCUGAGUUUUCUUUCCUGCGCUCAAUGCGCUCUCACUGACAACCAUGUGCACUCCAGCUUUAUUUACAGGAGGUUGCGCAAUCACGAGCGCAGGGAGAUCCAGAGAGAGAUCCUUUCCAUCCUGGGUUUGCCUCACCGUCCGAGGCCCUUCUCUCCCGGAAAACAGGCGUCCUCCGCACCGCUCUUCAUGCUCGACCUAUACAACGCCAUGGCCGUUGAGGAGGAGGAAGGGGUGGCGGUGUUAAACCGGAGCGUAGGGAAGAGCUUCAGUGCCAAAGCUCAAGGGUACUCCAAGAAAAGUUACUACAACCCGCAGCACGCCGGCUACUCCCGUGUGCCGCAGCCCUACAGAGCGGCCCCUCUGCUGGGGCACAGUCCUUCACUAACCACGGCGCACGACACCAAUUUCCUCAAUGAUGCUGAUUUGGUUAUGAGCUUUGUCAAUUUAGUGGAGAAAGAUAAAGAUUUUUCUCACCAAAGAAGACACUACAAGGAGUUCCGUUUUGACCUGACUCAGAUCCCAGAUGGAGAGGCAGUGACCGCAGCAGAAUUUAGGAUCUAUAAAGACCGCAGUCACGCUCGCUACAACAACAUCACUCUGAAGGUUUCCAUUUAUCAAGUUAUCAAAGAAUAUCAUAACAAAGAUGCGGAGACAUUUUUGCUCGACUCCAAAAAGGUGCAGGCGUCUAACGGGGGCUGGCUUGUUUUUGAUAUAACAGCCACCAGUAACCAUUGGGUGAUAAACCCACAGCAAAAUUUUGGUCUUCAGCUCUGUGUGGAAAUGAUGGAUGGAAGGAGCAUCAACACAAAAUCUGCUGGAAUCAUCGGGAGGAACGGGCCUCAGUCCAAACAGCCAUUUGUCGUUGCUUUCUUUAAGGCCAGUGGAGUACUGCUCCGCUCUGUGAGAGCUGCUGGCGGAAAGAAAAAGAACCACAAUCGCAAUAAAUCAACUAAUCAACAAGAAUCAUCAAGGAUGCCAAAACCUGGAGACUAUAACACAAGUGAACAAAAGCAGGCCUGCAAAAAGCAUGAGCUCUAUGUCAGCUUUCGAGAUUUGGGGUGGCAGGAUUGGAUCAUUGCACCGGAGGGCUAUGCUGCUUUUUAUUGUGACGGCGAAUGCUCUUUUCCACUUAAUGCUCAAAUGAAUGCAACAAAUCAUGCUAUUGUGCAAACCCUGGUUCAUUUAAUGUUUCCUGAUAACGUGCCAAAGCCCUGCUGUGCCCCAACCAAGCUCAACGCAAUAUCAGUGCUGUACUUUGAUGACAGCUCUAAUGUUAUUCUGAAAAAAUACAGAAAUAUGGUUGUCAGAUCAUGUGGGUGUCAUUAGUUUUGACGCAGUUUAAUUUUUGGAGCCUGAAAUGGAAAUUGCUGGAAAGCACAUUUGCUGCAGGUGUGAUUUGAUGUACAGUAUUAUGUAUAUAAGGUUUUCUUGGUUAAUUUAUUUCCCUUUAAAAGAAUAGCACUGAAUACUGUAAUAUUUAAGUGAUUAGUACAAAAUGAUUUGAAUUUAUGUUCAUAAUCUUUUCCCUUCUGUGUCCUCUGGCAUAUAUAUAU